CCUUGUUCGCUCCGCCACUAAUCACCAUCCGCCACAGAUGGCCGCCCGCAACUCCGCCGACCCGAUUCAGCCAGCCGCGGUGGCCGCCCCCAGUUCGUCCAUGUUAGCCGCCGACCAGGUCCACCAGGAUACCGUCGCUGUGUCCGCAGGGGCGUCUCGAGCUACUGGGGCGCUCCCAACCCAGCACGGGUCGCCCGUGAUGGAGUUGGCCCCGCAGCAGCCCGCCGUGUACUUACGGCGCCGCCGCCGCGCCGAGCGUCUGGUGGAGACGGUCCUGCAGCAGGGCGCGGACAUGGCGGUGCCAGCGCCGCAAGAAGGUGCGCCUGUGAUAGUUCCGCAGCAAGGCGCGCCGACCGCCCCGCAUGGUCACCCCCUGACGCGCCCGGCGAUGCAAUUUGCGGGGGCAUCCACAACCAUGGCGCAGCCUCCGUUGCCGGCCGGCCCUCCAUCCAUGACGGCGAUGGAGCAUCUACAGGCCGCCGUAGAUCUGAUGGCAAAGCAGCCGUUGCCCACUCCCGAUCACAGACAUUUUGGUGAAACAUCCACCAACCCACUCCAGGGGCGUGAUCUAGAAGAGAGUAAUGUGGAGCGCCGUAUGGUGGCACAACAUAAACUCGUUCUCAGCUUGUUGGAUGGUCUCGCCCACACUCGGUGUGACCUUGCUCUUGCCUGUGGGAUCCAACCCCCGGUAAGAAGCAUGGACACACCAGCACUAGCAGCGGCUGUGCUGUCUUUACCACUUCCUGCAUCACUGUUUACACAUGGGCCCACUCUACCAGGACCUCGUACCAGGAGUGAAAUCCCUGCACGGAAGGCUGCUUACCAGUUCGCCUCCGAGUUUUACAGGUCCACUGCUAGGCCUGAGCAUCCUUCACAGCAUCGUCGCACCCUCCAAUACGAGUAGUGCUUGGCAAGGAGAAGCGUGGAAGCGAUAUCACACGUGACAUGCCCUCAACUAAAGACCAGCUCACAACCUUUUGCAUGUUUCGCCGUGACAGGGGGUUAUGCUCUCUCUGCGAUGAGAAGUGGGUGCGGGAUAACAAAGGCGCUACUUCUGUUAAUUGCCAUGUUUCUUCUGACCUUUUUCUCAUUUCCUUUCUGGAAGAACUUAUGUAUUGCGAGGGUCUUGAUUCCUUAUUACAAAGAAUAUUUCAUGUUUUCAUCACAUAAUCUAGAGGAGGCAAGUGAUGAUGGAAUUACCGUACUUUUCUGCUUGCAAGAUAUUUACCCAGGUUCUUUCUCCCUUGAGUAACAUUUUCUUGAAUUGGCAUAUGUGGAUUUCUUUUUUGUGUCUUCUGAUUGCCAUCAAAACUAACUUUGUUUCAGGAAAAUGUUCAAACCCUGAAGAUGAGAGAAAAUUUUUCCUCGAAAUUGUGGACAGAAGAACAGGGGAGGAGGUCCGUGAGGAAGAUACAUUGGAAGAUGAGCUUCAUCUUUGGCAUCAUAUAUAGAUGGUAAUUUCUUACAGCCCAUUCACAUGUCUGCUCUUUGCGUCAUGCUUAGUGAUCCAGUUUUAAAAUCGUUGCUGCUCUUGUUUAAACAGUAAGAGUGUUUAUGUACUACCGAAAAGCUUUGGAGCUCAGGAUUUUCUUGAUAUGGCCAAAGAUGAUGGUAUUUGCAUUAUUUAACCUAUGAUGUUGUUCUGAAUGGGUCCUUAGGAAAUUGUAGUGACUUCUCACUUCUCUUUCUAUGUUUGUUAGAUCUAAUGAAAGGCUACGGAGCAAGCAAGUAUGAGGACUCUCCACUAAUGACACAAUGCAAAGCAAUAGCUGACAUGAGGUUUACAUAUGUUGUCUCAUACCAGUACUAUGGAAUCCAGAAAUGUUCCGGUGACCCUUGUGCACAUGAUAUUUUGAGACUAAUGACAACGUAAGCUUCAGUUUGAGACUCGGAAGUCCAGGAUAUAUGCUGCUUUCAGUGGAACUAGCAG